UCACUGAUUAAGUGAUGCCACAGCAGGUGUGGACACAAAGAAGGUGAACCCUGGGUGGGGGCUGCGCUAACGAAUCUUUAAGUCACAUCAGCCCUCUGAGAUCUGUGGUGGAGUUGCCUCGCUCCUCAUGACGUCACUGUACACCUUCAUGACGUCACGGCGCCCCCCCGCAUCCACCUGUACAACCCCCGCCACACUCAACAUGGCGCCCACCGCCCGCAGAGCGGCGCUCGCGCCACACUCAAGAUGGCGCACCCCUUUCCUGGUGCGGCAGCCACACUUCCGGCAGGCCCGGGAUCACUUCCGGCCAUGGCGCCGAGCGUGGCCGAGCGCCUCCUGGAGCGGUUGGACCGGGCCGGGGCCACCGAGGGGCUCUGCAGCAUCGAGGCCGCCGCCGCGCUCGGUGUGGACCACCAGACGCUCGUGGGCGCCGUCAAGAGCCUCCAGGCGCUGGGCGAGGUGAUCGAAGCGGAGGCGCGGGCGGAUACGCGAUGGGAGCUGAGCCCCGAAGGCGAGCAGGUGCUGCGGGACGGCAGCCCCGAGGUGCGGCUGUUCCGGAGCCUCCCCGAGGAGGGGCUGCCCCAGGCCGAUGCCAUGAAACUGCCCGGGGGCUCCUUGGGCUUCAGCAAAGCCAUGGCCAACAAGUGGGUGCGCCUGGAUAAGGGAGCGCCCGGCGGUCCCCGUGUGCUCCGCGCCGUGAGUGACCCGGGCGGGGGUCCCGGGGAWGCGGGAGGGUCCCGGGAGGGAUGCACGGGGUGCGGGAGG